AUGAUUUUUCUUAUUGUUGCUUCGGUUGUGCAGGCUGCUCUGCCUAAGUCGCUCCUCAGACAGCGUGCUUCAGAGUCCGACAGCAACGUAAUUCUCGUGCAAAGCGAUGAGUUCGAACCAGUCUUCAACAGAUCCAAUGAUAGAGAUUACUUUAUGGUCACCUUGCUUACUGCUUCUCAUGCUGAGGCCAGUUGUGAUCUCUGCAAAUCUGUUCAGCCUCUGUUUGAGGAGAUCGCGUCAACCGUUGGAAGGAAGGAGCCAAAUGCUGACAUCUUCUUUCUUCACAUAGAUGCACAUGAAAAUUUGGCCAAUCUCAAGGAAUAUGGCAUACGUAGCGUUCCCCAGCUGUGGAUCUAUCCUCCUUUUCAGUUAAUAUACAAAGAAAGUUCUGAUAUCGAUUCUACUGAUGAUUACGAUAGCAGACAGAUCUUCCCAAAGAAUCUCAACAUAACCAGUGAACACUAUGCUUUCACGUUAUCAAAUGAGAUCCCAGAGUCUGUGCUAGAGCUAGAUUUGGCCAUGUUUAUCUCACAUAUAUGCCACGUUAACAUACAAAUAGAUAAGGGAAUUGAGAUGCAGACGCUAGUGAAGUCAUUCGUAGCAUUCACCAUCGUAUUUAGAUUGUUGAAGAAAAAGGGCCGCAAGGUCCUCGACCUUCUUAGCGAUUGGAGACUCUACUGCGGUCUCAGCAUCAUACUUAUUUACAUCAACAUGUCUGGCUUGAACUUCUGUAUUCAAAGAGGUGUUCCUUUUCUAAGUAGAAGCAGCACCGGAAAUAUACAGUUGAUGACUGGAGGAGUGCAGUAUCAGCAGGGAGUAGAGAUUGCCAUCUCGAUAGCUUUCCAAGUAUCAUUUACACUCUUUUUAGUGGUUCUUUUGCUAUCUCCCGAGUAUCUCGAAGAAGGAAAUAAAGGUUUGGCUGUGACAAUUAGUGUUGUGAGCAUCUUCCUAACUUAUAAUACAUUUACUACAGCAUUUCUCGCCAAAGAUCACGGAUAUCCGUUUAAUGUUGUGGAGAUGUUCCAUCAAAAACUAUAG